UAUAACGUGUUAAACUCCGCCCCGGCAGUGGGCAGCUCCUCCAGCUGAUAGCAGCCUCUCCAGCUGAGAGCAGCUCCUCUGUGAGGGUUGAAUGUUUGGGAUUGUUGUGAUGGGAGGCGACGGCCAUCUUGGAUAAGCUCCACUAACAGCCGAGCAGCAACCGGAGAGAGAGAGGACGGUAACGGUACCGGAGGAGCCAGUUAGCUUCACGUUAGCUGCUCUCAGCGAGAUUAAACCACAAUCUGUGUCGACUAUGCUUCACAGACGGUUGUUUUCCUUCACUAGCUGCCGCUUCCAGUGCAUUAAAGAUGGGUUUAAAGUGUGUUGAGCGGGUAUAACUCCGGAGAGCUGACGGAGACGGUGACGGUGGAGACGGAGAGGAUCCUCGGUGUAUUUGUUUUAAACGUUUCUUGGAUAGAGGAGUUACUAUGAAUGGAGGAUAAAUGUUGCCAAAGGCUGACAGCAGCAGUUUCGUCCUCUUCUCUCUUCUCUUUGUCCUCACGUUAACGGACCCACCACGGACAGGUCCGCGGCUAGCUCUGGCAAGAUUAUUGUCAGAGCAACGCUGCAGCCCUGGGCAGUUCGCCUGCCGCAGUGGGAAGAUGCAGUGUAUCCCAAUGUCCUGGCAGUGUGAUGGCUGGACAGCAUGUGAGGACAAGAGUGACGAGAUGGACUGUCCCCCUAUAAAGGAGGAGAGGUUUCGUUUUGGCAACGGAUAUGAGCAGGUAGAAGAUGUCAUGGGGGUGGCUCAGCCUGUGCGCUUCAACAAGAAAUGCCCCAGUGGGUGGCACCACUACGAGAAGACGGCCAGCUGUUACAAAGUGUACCUGAGGAACGAGAACUACUGGCAGGCGGUUGAUACUUGUCAGAAAGUCAACGGCUCAUUGGCUACUUUCGUCACCAACGAGGAGCUGCAGUUCAUCCUGAAGAUCGAGGUUGAUUUCGACGACAAAGUCUGUGAGCGCAGAGACCAGUGCAAGUUCUGGGUGGGCUACCAGUAUGUGAUCACCAAUCAGAACCACUCCCUGGAGGGCCGCUGGGAGGUCGCAUACAAAGGGUCGAUGCAGGUGUUCCUGCCACCUGAGGGUCUGGCCAAUUUUGAGGAGACGUCUCCCACCCAGGACAACGUCUUCUGUGCACAGCUGCAGCGCUUUCAGAUCAAGAGCAUGAAUGAACGAGGCCUGCACAGCUGGCACGCUGAGAACUGCUACAAGAAGUUUCCCUUUCUCUGCAAGAGGAGGCAGACGUGUGUUGAUAUAAAAGACAACGUUGUAAACGAGGGCUACUACUUCACCCCCAAGGGGGACGACCCGUGUCUGAGCUGCACGUGUCAUGACGGCGAGCCUGAGAUGUGCGUGGCUGCGUUGUGUGAGCGUCCGCAGGGCUGCCAGCACUUCCGCAAGGAUCCCAAAGAGUGCUGCAAGUUCACCUGCCUGGACCCAGAUGGAAACAGCCUGUUUGACUCGAUGGCCAGCGGGAUGAGACUGAUCGUCAGCUGCAUCUCGUCCUUCCUCAUCCUCUCUCUGCUGCUCUUCAUGGUGCACAGACUCCGCCAGCGGAGACGUGAACGCAUCGAAACUCUGAUUGGAGGAAACUUGCACCACUUUAACCUUGGAAGACGAGUCCCAGGCUUCGACUACGGCCCGGAUGCCUUUGGCACCGGCCUCACUCCCCUGCAUCUGUCUGAUGAUGGAGAGGGAGGCGCUUUCCAUUUCCAAGAGCCUCCUCCGCCGUACGCAGCCUACAAGUACCCAGACAUCCAGCACCCCGACGACCCCCCUCCUCCGUACGAAGCCUCCAUCAACCCAGACAGCCUCCUCUACGUGGACCUCGGACACAGCGGGGUUUCCUUGGUGCCGAGCCAGAUGAACACCAUGGUAGACGGGCUCCAGUCCGAUAUUCCCAACGCUCCUGUUCCCGUGCCAGACUCGGCGCCGUCCUCUCAGGAGAGAGAGGACUCCAUAGAUAGCAGCACCCUCCUGGUAGGGCCAGACACACCGACAGAUGGCCACACCCCCGCCUCCAUGCCCGCGGACUGCGUCUCCUCCCUCAGCACCGUGGUAUAGGACUGUGCAGGGAGCUGCAUCCGGACAUUACCUGCUGGUUGAGGAAGGUCACGAGUGCGUUCUGCACCGGGAGAGGACGCAGCAGACCGUGGUGUCAUUUAUCAAAAAUGCUGACUGCAGGGAGGAGAGUUCAAGUUUGUACACACGUAUAAGAAGCAGCAACCGUUUGUUUGAGGAGCGAGGACGCCGUCUUUCUGAAGACUCUUCUGCAGUUGGGAGUGUUGUUUUUUUGAAAACACUGGCAUCUGAGGGAGCAGGGAGGACUGUUUCGGUACAGAGAAAAUAAAAAAACACUACAUUGAAGCUGCACUUUUUCUUUUAGCGUCGACUGAGCAAAGCUUUUGAAACAUCUCAGAGUUGGCCUGAUUGGUCGAGAAGCCGUGAUGUAAAUACCCCUUCAGGUCAGCGCCCGGUCAAAUUUGUUAUACUUGUGUGUCACACUCCAGCACAAAGUUAAGAAUGCCAGACGGACAGUGAAGCCAGCUAUUGUUCCUUGUGCGUUUUUGUUUUGCAUCUUAACUGUUGUUCAAACGGACGUAUCUGUUGUCGGUCUCAAGGCUACAAUAAUGUUCUCAUCAGCCCCGUCUGUCGCGGCAUGUCCCGGAUCUCGAUUUCUACUCGCUCAUAAGAAUCUGCUGUCCCCUCACUUUCUUAAUAGUCUGAUACAUGACGCUGUCUUCCAGGUUUAUAGCGCAUAUUUGCAGCAAAAACGUUUUGUAAUUAAGAGGUUUAACCUUGCAAGAAAGUACGGUUAGUUUCCUGCUAUAGGGGUUUUUAUUAGGUAAUGCUGACACAAGGCAUUGUGUAUCGAGGAAUGUUGUGGUACUGAUAAAUAUCUGAGUUUGUUAUUGUUCUUUUUGAUGAUAAUUUAUGACUGCAGGCUAUAAUCUUGAUUGUUUUAUUAUGGGAUAGACGCAGUCUGAACCCCCCCCUACCCCCCCUCCCCACUGAUCAGUGAGCGGAAGCGAUGAAGCUUUUCAAGUGUACGUGUGAAGAUUAGGGAUGAUGUCCCCCCCGUCAUUAAAUUUGAGAAAAUCAAUUUAUUUAAGAUAACUGUUCCCAUCAUGAAGUGGUUUAAUCACGCAGACGGUCCCAUUGUCGUUACUUUAUCAUCAACUCUUUCGCAGCAUAGUUGUGUAUUUGCUAACUGAACCAUGUUUAGUGAUUUCAAAGCUCAAUGUUUUGCACGCUCAUCCCUCGAUUUAAUCAGGGUUUUUUUUGUUUUUUUUGUUUGGCAAAGAAAUUUAUUGUCACAUUUUGGAUGCUGCCCCCUCCAUUUCCUGAUGUGUUUGUACGUGUGGGUUCUCCACGCGAUGCAUCUCAGUUAUUGAGGUUGUUUUCAGCUACUGAUGAUGAAGAUCACAGACUGUAGCUGUGAGUCUUUUUCUGUUUGGUGUCGAUGGAUCUGUUACCGUCCUUGUUUCUCAGUGGGAUCGCAGUGCAAAAAAAAAUAAUUGUAAUAAAAAGAAAAGUGUAAACUUGUAUAUUUGGAACUUGUUAGACCCCUUUUAUGACGACGACAAUCGUUUGAUUCACUCAAGGAUGAAUUUAACAAAGCCAGAAGAAGUUAGAUCAGAGUCGACCCUCAUUCACCAGCAUUCAAACCGCUAUUUUGAUCUGCCUCAAGAAAACCAGCUGUAAAUGUGCGUCUGAAUGCAUCUCAUGUUUGAAUGUACUGUAUGUAUAGAACAUUAUUAUUAUUUUAUGUUGAAGCUUAUUUUCCCCAUUUUUUUUUUUUUUUUUUUUUGGCAUUGACAAUCCACAGCGGAUUAUCCAACGAACAAAAUCUCAUAAAUUGUGAAAAAAGUAGCGUCUGCAUGUGUGUGUAUAGGAGAUGGUGUUCUGGUUCAGAUUUUUUCUUUUUUUCCAUUAAGUUUGAUUUUAUUUUUCAACCUGCUUUUUAGAGCUGCAGUGCAUGUUUUUUAUCUUUUGGCAUGCUGAGAGAUUUUUCUUUUCAUGGAAACAUUUUAGCUCAACAGUCUGUCUGUACAAAAUAGGUUCAAAAAGACUAUAUAGUUUAACAUCUCCGUAUGCAUCAAAAAACCUGCCCGCGACCCGAACAGCUGCAGCAUUUACACUGUAGUUCCUGUGCUAGACUAUGGUGGUGUGACAACUAAUUUUAUUGGAUUUGAAAUGUUUUAUGUAUAAUACAACAAAUGCUACAUUU